CUUCCAGGAAGGCGCGUGUGUAGCAUUACACGUGUUAUUAUAAGGAGCGCACACUCACUCUCGCUCCCUCCCUGACAACUUUUCUACCCUUCGUUCCAAGUAAACAUUUUUGUAGUUCUUUGAAUCUACGGUAUUUCUCUAUCACCCGGAAAGAUAACCCUACGGAGGUCCUUCUCCCAGCGUGCCUUUUGGGCAGCUCUUACCGCUUGCUUCCUCCUGCGUUGACUCAAAGGGACCUCGCUACUCCUCCCCUUCCGAAUGCGUAGAGUCAGGACGCCUUAUCGGCCCCUUCCGACCAUCAGGGGAUGCUGGGACAGCAGGUGGCGCUGGUCCGGCGCCGAGGAGGAGGAGGAGCCCCUAGGAAAAAGGCCGAUCGCAGCGUUGCGUGACUCCUUGCCGUUUCCUCGUCUCGUUCCACAGAAAGAAAGAGAAAUCUGCAUGCAACUGUCCUGUCUGAAGCGGAUUCCCCGACAGUUCUUGCAUGUACAAUCCCUGAUUGCUUGGACUUCACGAUCUUCCAUGGAUCUAAAGGUUCUGGUUUCUUCCCUGAAUGAUUUUGCUUCACUCUCACUGGCUGAAAGCUGGGACAAUGUAGGACUCCUGGUUGAGCCCAGUCCUCCCCAUACUGUCAGGACUCUCUUUUUGACCAAUGACUUGACAGAGGAAGUGAUGGAGGAAGCACUGCAGAAGAAAGCAGACCUCAUUCUUUCUUACCACCCACCCAUUUUCCAGCCACUCAAACACAUAACAUGGAAGACAUGGAAAGAGCGACUGGUGAUCCGAGCUCUGGAAAACAGAAUUGGCAUUUAUUCUCCACAUACAGCCUAUGAUGCUGCCCCUCAUGGAGUCAAUAACUGGCUUGCUAAAGGACUUGGGGCCUGCACCUCUGUCCCUCUGCGACCCUCGGAGGCUUCUAGUUACCCUACAAGUGGGUCUUACCGGAUUGAAUUUAGUGCUCACUCUGCUGAAAACCUAGACACAGUUUUGUCCAGUCUACGUGAAAUGUCUGAGGUGUUUCUCAUCACAACUCAUCCUGUUAGGGUUGACGAUGAAGAGCAGAUACAAGUGCGCUUGAACUGCACUCAGCAGGCCUUGCCGCAAGUGGUGGCUUUUCUUUCCCAGAAGAGCCCUCUUUAUCAAAAGACUGAAAUCCUAUCCUUGCAGAAGCCUCUGCUUAAAGAUACUGGAAUGGGGCGUUUAUGCACACUGAAGGAACCCGUCUCUAUAUGUGUCUUGAUUGAACGAAUGAAAAGCUACUUAAAACUACCUCAUAUUCGCCUGGCCCUUGGAGUGGGGAAGUCUUUGGAGUCCCAGGUGAAGGUGAUUGCUCUCUGUGCUGGUUCAGGAGCUAGUGUUUUGAAAGGUACAGAAGGUGAUCUCUAUUUCACAGGAGAGAUGUCCCACCAUGAUGUACUGGAUGCUGUUGCCAAAGGGAUCACUGUGAUUUUGUGUGAGCACAGCAACACUGAACGAGGCUUUCUGUUGGAGUUGCAGCAAGUGCUGGCGGAAUACCUUGAGAACAAGAUUGAUAUUGUAGUUUCGGAGAGAGACAGAGACCCCCUUCAAGUAGCCUAGAAAACAGCAAAGGCUAUGGUGUGAAGGCAUGAAUCUCAGUAUAUCUUUCAGGGUCUCGACAUGCAAGCAAGCAAGGGUCAUGCGGACAGGCUGGAAGAAGACCAAAAUAUGCCUUCUGAAGCAUUGAUGGCAAUCUGCGAGUAAACAAAUAAAUGGCUGCUGACAAA